UCAGAGACACGCUUCAGUGUACAUGCAUCUUCUAGUGCGGCUGAAAAACAUGGGACGGCCGGGUCACACGUCAUUGUUGUUUCUCCUCUGCUGCCUCGUUCAGACAAAUGCGUUGACAACAUGUGGAAUCGCCCAGUUCCAGUGCGGGAAUGGGAAAUGCAUCACGGCCAGAUGGGUGUGUGAUGGCACGGACGACUGCGGAGACGGCACGGAUGAACUUCCUGGUACCUGCAUGGCCAGAACGUGUAAGGCCACAGAGUUCAGCUGCGCGGACCGUCUUAACCAAUGUGUACCGAGCACCUGGCACUGUGAUGGAAAAGCUGACUGUGAGAAUGGAGCUGAUGAAGAGAGCUGUGAACCGAAGCAGUGCACAAACACAGAGUUCCACUGCGGGAAUGGCCAGUGCGUGUCGUCCUCUUUCGUGUGUGAUGACGAGACGGACUGUGACGACGGCAGCGACGAGGCUGAUUGCCCACCUAUCACCUGCAGCACAGUGUCCUUCCAGUGCACCAACAACGUUUGCGUUCCCCGCCUGUGGGCCUGCGACGGUGACAUCGACUGCUCCGACGGCUCUGACGAGUGGCCCCAGAACUGCGGUAUGAAGUCGCCUGCCUCUGUUACCGCUCAUCCGUGUUCAGCCCUGGAGUUCCACUGCGGCAGCGGAGAGUGCAUCCAUAGCAGCUGGAAGUGCGAUGGAGGAGCUGACUGCCUCGAUCGAUCAGAUGAAGCAGACUGUGCACGUUCCACCUGCCGUCCUGAUGAGUUUGAAUGCGGUGAUGGCACUUGCAUCCAUGGCAGCCGGCAGUGCAACCAUCAGUUCGACUGCAGGGACAUGAGUGAUGAAAGCGGCUGCGUCAAUGCAACCCACUGUGAGGGCCCAACCAGGUUUAAGUGCCGCAGUGGGGAAUGUAUAAGCAUGGAGAAGGUGUGUGACAGGCAUCGUGAUUGCAGGGAUUGGACAGAUGAGCCUCUUAGGGAAUGUGGCUCCAAUGAGUGCCUUUACAUCAACGGCGGCUGCUCUCAUAUUUGCAAUGACCUGAAGAUCGGCUAUGAGUGCCUGUGUCCGACUGGAUAUCACCUGGUCGACCAAAAGCGAUGUGAAGACAUCGACGAGUGUGCCAACCCUGACACUUGCAGCCAGAUCUGCGUCAACCAGGUCGGCAGUUACAAAUGCCAGUGUGAGGAGGGUUACCAAGUGGACCCAGCAACCAAAGCCUGCAAGGCCAUCGGUACAAUAGCCUACCUUUUCUUCACCAACCGUCAUGAAGUCCGAAAAAUGACUUUAGACAAAAGUGAGUACAUCAGAGUGAUCCCCCGUCUAAAGAACGCCGUGGCUCUCGACAUGAACAUGGCCGCCAAAGAGAUCUACUGGUCAGACAUCUCCCAAAAGAAGAUCUACAGAGCUCAGAUGGACUCGGCUGAAGACCCCGCUCAUCACAGCGUAGUCGUCGGCAGGGACAUUGAUGCUCCUGAAGGCAUCGCUUUUGACUGGAUCCAUGGUAACCUGUACUGGACUGACAGCAUCCGCAGCACCAUCUCCGUGGUAACUGCUGAUGGUAGCCGCCGCAAAACUCUUUUCAACCGAGACUUAUCCAAACCCCGCGCUAUUGUGGUCGACCCAAACAACAACUUCAUUUACUGGACUGACUGGGGGAAUCCUGCUAAGAUUGAGAAGGGAGGUCUUAACGGAGGAGACCGCACCGCUCUGGUCACUGACAACAUUGUGUGGCCGAAUGGAAUAACAAUUGACCUGUUGAACAACCGGCUCUACUGGGUGGACUCAAAGCUGCACACCCUCUCCAGUAUCGACGUGCAGGGCGGUGGUCGACGCACUCUCAUCAUUGACGAACACACGCUGGCGCACCCUCUGGGCCUCACUGUGUUUGAGGAAAGAGUGUUCUGGACAGACGUCAGUAACAACGCCAUCGUCAGUGCAAACAGGCUGACGGGUGAAGACAUCACACCAGUGGCAGAGCACCUAUCAUCACCAGAAGACAUUAUUCUCUACCAUAACCUUAAACAACCUGCUGGGAGGGACUGGUGCCAGGUAUCCGGCUGUGAAUUCUUGUGCCUGGGAGCUCCUCAAGUGGGCAGACAUCCCCCCAAAUACACAUGUGUCUGUGCAGAUAACAUGAUGUUAGCCAGGGAUAUGAGGACAUGUGUACCUGCUGUGCCAACACCUGCAGCUCCCGUUGAACCUAAAGUUCCAGCCACAAACCCCCCUCCUCAGCCCCCAGUGCCAGCCAGCACCACACUUAAGCCACUGGUCCGCACCACACCUAAGCCACUGGUCCGCACCACACCUAAGCCACUGGUCCGCACCACACCUAAGCCACUGGUCCGUACCACCACAGUGCCUAUUGUAAUCACCAGCACUGCAGCUAGGCCAGUGCCACGCACCACCAGACCUCCUGUAAGGACCACCACACCUGAACCAAGGACCCCGUCACCCCAGCCGGUGAACCCUAAAGUUCCCCAGACCACCCCAGGGGCUCCAGUUACCUCUCCAGAUUUCCGACAUGAAUUUGCUGCAGCUGUACCCAACACGGCCUCCACCACCCCGAAAGCUCUGUAUAUUGCAUUACCUCUGGCACUCGUUUGUCUGGUGGCUGUCGGUGCCGUGCUGCUAUGGAGGAACUUCAGGCUGAAGAACACCAACACGAUUCACUUUGACAACCCUGUCUAUCAGAAAACCACUGAGGACCAAGUGCACAUUUGGAGAAGCCACAGCCCUGAUGGUUACUCCUACCCAAAAAGACAAGUUGUGAGCUUGGAUGAAGAAGAAGACAAUCCAGCCUUUACAGAAAACUGAACAUUUUUGAGUGGAAAGAAAAGCCUCGACGAUAAGCCAUCUUGGACGUCCUUUUGUAUUUUUACCUUACACGGCACAAAGAUAUGGAAGUCAUAGCCAGUCUCAGAACCACUAUAUCCUCAUAGACAAACAAACGCUCUAAGUGGGGAAAAAAACGGGUGAAACAUAUUUUCAGAUUGCACAUUUAUUUCCAUCAAGUCCAUCCAUUCCUCACCAAAUCAUAGAAAACCCGCAGAUGAUGGAUGCCUCAGGCUAACUAAUGUUGUUUACUCGUUAUCCUAACUGGUAUGCUGAUGAUACAACUGGAGAACUGUGUCACUGUUAAAUACACAAAAUGUCUUGUUUUAAGCUCAUUUAAGGCAACUUAGGAAUUCCUUCUAAUAUGUUUAAACUAGAAUUCACACGAGUUUCGUAAACAUCACUGUUAUUUUUGUCUGUUCAUGGAACAUUAUCAAACCUCAUUUACUUUUUUGGCCACCCUCAUGCCUGUAUGGUAAAUACAAGGCUACCACGAGACUGGAGGCAGGGGAAACAGCUAGCCUGGCGAGAAUUGCAGUUUUAACACUUUUUUUGAUUGGUGGUUUUUGUACAGAAAAAAUAAACGAGAUUUAUUACCUUUGGACACUGCCAAGAUAGCUGUUUACCCUCUUAUCCAGUCUUCGUGCUAACCUAAGCUAACCGACAGCAGGCUCCGUCUACAUAUUUUACAAACAGAUAUGUGAGUGGUAUCAAUCGUCUCGUCUAAGUCUUGACAAGAAAGCAAAAAAGCUUAGUUCCCAAAAUGUUAAACUACUCCUUUUAUCACGAAGGUGGAAUCAGGAGGCGAUUAACUCACCUGUUAGAUUUGUCGUUUUUCCGCUUCAUUCCCUGCACGGAACAACAAACGAAUGAUAACGUGUAUAAUUAUUGAGCAUAGGUGGAUUUUGUAACUUUUGAACAGUCAGGCUAGCUGUUUCUCCUGUUUCCAGUCUUGCUAAGCUAAGCCUUAUGGUUCCAGCUCCAUACUUAACGCACAGACAUGAAGGUGGAAUCAAUCUUCUCAUCUAACUGUCUGCCAAGAAGGCAUAUAUAUUUCCACAAGUUUCUCUUUGGUCAUUGGAAACAAGAAAAUCGGAACCUGACUUUCAUCCCAAAAUGAACACGAACACGAGCAGAUUUAAAGUUGAGCUAGGUGAAUGUUAUGCUAAUAAGAAUUCUGCAUGUGCCAGUUUAACCAGGGUUACCUCACUAAGUCUUAAUAAUGUAUAUGUGUAAUUUUGAGUUUAACACCAGUCAUUGCCUCAGUAGUGGAGCAAACAUAUCACCCAAAGGGACCUAAAGACACUGCUGUAGUUAACCUUAAAGAAUACACACUGUCUGUGCCUUGCUUAAUAGCCUACUGUAGCUCUGUGAUGCGUUCAGACGUCACAGAUCAGCAUAUGGUCACAACACCGCGUUCUUCAGCAUCUGUCUUUUGUUCCAGAUUUUCUCCGAAAAAAAUGUUCAGCUCCAUUCUCCUGAUUUGUGAUCGGUUCCUUCCCUCUGCCCCUCUGGGGAGGACCAUUGCAUUCCUCAAAGAAUGAGUGCUUUGAUUCAACCACGUGUGACCAGUGGGGCCAUGUCUAAUGCUCUGUGCCAUGGCACGUGUAUAUUUACAUCCUCCCUCAGGACCAGAACUUCAACUUGCCUCCAGCCUUCCUGACAAAACAAAGCCAUGUCAUGGUUUUAAAAACAUAGUUCUUACCAGCUUUUUGAGCUCCUUUAUUUUUAUCGCUGACACGUGUGCCUUUUUAAUGCCAUAUUAUGUUCACAUGUUCAUGUUGGUGCUAUUGAACUCAGUGGAUGUGUAUGAAAUUAAUGUCUUUACAGAGAAUUGUUUGAAUUGUUUGAUUGUGAUGUGGGUUAAUGACCAUUGUGAGGCUUUCCGGUAGAAAUACAUUCUUAAGUGCUGGUGUAAAUGGUGUCCUUUUACAUCCAACGACUAUCAGUGCAGUGUACGUGUGUAAAUAUGAUGUUCAUAAAUGUAAAUAUUUGUUCUUUACUGUGUUUUUGGUAAUAAUGUCAGUGUUUUUGAUUUUGAAAACUUUAAACAUUUGCUGUACAUAAAUAAAUGCUUCUAUUUAUUAUAGAA